AUGUCCAACUCCUCUGUCGCUCUUGCCCCCAGUCUUCCCCGUCCCAUCAACAUCGUGUCGUCGUCCUCGUCCCCGUCGUCAUCCUCUUCUCCUCCUCGCGGCACCACCGCCAAGACGCCAGCUCCUUCAAACGCGAAUGGAAACCUGCCAGUGCGCGCAUCCUGCGAUGAAUGUCGACGUCGAAAGCUGAAAUGCGAUGGCAAUCGGGAGGUCUGCGAUCGUUGUAGGACGGCGGGGGUGGAGUGUCGAUACAACAUCCGCGCACGUAUCGGCCGACCCAAAGGCACGACAAAAGCGGUGAUCGCUAGGGCAGAAAGUAGUGGGAGUGCGAGUGCGGGCAGUCCAACAAACGUCAGCAUCGCUUCACCGCCCUUGAAGAGACGGAGAUCCAGCCCACCCUCUGCUGCUGCUGCUGCUGCUCCUGCUCAGCAGUGCGAGGAUCCCUUCAAGAGCCUGCUCGACGCUGCGCCAAUGCCUCAAGCGUCCAGCUCGGCAUUGCCGCUAGACCCUUUCGCGAGCGCCACCGGCGGCAGCAACGAGCCAUCAGCCUUGGACUCACUCGAGCUAGCAGCCUACCUCGAAAGCCUCGAUCGCGUCAAGAUCAGCUCAAGCGACGGCUUGACAGCAGGAAUGCUCUGCGGGGGCAACGAAGCCGGCCCAAGCGUGUCAUCGCUACUUGGCCAGUCUACCGCCGGCGCAUCAGGAUCGAGCGAUACGUUUCCUGCUUCUCUAUUUGGCGGAGGUGGCGUCCCCUCGAAUCUGCACGCUCAACCACCUCCUGCAACGUCAGGCGAUGCCUCUAGCUGGUGGGCAGGAACCAUCCUGGAUGAAGCGGUCAGCUAUGCGGUUCCUAGCGACUUGAGCUGGUGUCACUGGAACCUCGACGAGGGGCUCAUGGGCGGCGGGGGGACGGGGACGCAGCAGCAGGCGCAGCGGCCGCAACAGGAUCGAUAUGCCAGUCUAGACCCCUUUGCCCUCAAUCCGCAGCAGCAGCCACAGCCACAGCCACAACCAGCCUGGCCGCGUGGACCGCAAGAUGGAAUGGGGUCGGGAAAGAUCAGGACAAGGGAGGGGCAGACAUUGCAGGGCGGAGCGUGGCCGGCCACGAAUGAAAGUGCGGAUACCUCGGCCUUCACUGUUCCCCCUGCGCCAACUGCGGUCAAGUCGUGCUGCUCCACGUCAACCAAGAGCAAGACUGCGACUGCAUCCCUUCGUGCACACCCGCCUUCACGAGCUGCGGAGGAGCCCGUCGCACCAGCAAGGGGUCCCUGUCCCCGCACUGGCGCAGCAAGCUGUUGUUGCGGUGACGACGCAAAGCCGCGCGCGACCAAGUCUGCAGAUUCGGCCUCGGCCUCGACCUCUCCACGUGUGCACUGCGUCCCCAACCCCUCGGGCAACGGGUGCACAUGCCUCUGCCAGUCAGACGUCUGCCUGCUGCGCGUGAAGCGUACCCUCUCGCCGAGCAAUGGCGGCGGCGGCGGUAACGAAGUAGCCGAGGGGGAAGCAGGCACGGGCGCCGCAGGGGGGGAGCCCCUCUCUCUCCAUCUAACCCUCUCCGCCUCGCAAGCCAUCAGCGCGUCGUGCGCCUGCUCCUCUACGUGCCCUACGUGCGCACGUCCUCCCACCAGCUCCAGCUACGCGGUCGGUACGAAUGGUGGAGAGGGCGAUGGAGAUGAGGAGGCAGCUGCGGCGACGGCGGCGCACAGAGCAAAACGGUACAAUGCUUCUCUGCUCAUCUCCCUCGCGCUACAGAUCUACACGAGGGCGGUGCGGAUCCUACGAGAUGGGUUCGGGGUGCCACCCACUGGCACUGGAUUCAGCGGUGCGGGGGUGGGGGCGGGACUGGGUAGUGCUCCCUCCUCUCUCAUCUCAACCUCGCCGGCUUCGCCCUCCUCAUCCUCCGGCUCCAUCUCAUCCCCAAAGUCGGCGUCGGCCUCGGCGUCGGCCUCGGCGUCGUCCGGCGCCCUGCACUCCACCGUUCAGAUAGGGAGCAGCUACGUUCCCCGCCCAGCAAACGCACAACGCAUCGCCCUCCUUGCCAUUCGACUCGAACUGCUCGACCUCGAGGAGGGGAUGGCACGCGUUUGGCGGACCGGUGGGGCUCCGUGCGCGGGCGCAGACGUGAAUAAUAAGGCUGUUGGGGGUGCGGAGGGAGCGGCGUUGCUGGCCCCGAUCGACGGGCUGGUCAUUUCGAAGCUGCGCGGCCAGUUGAGGGAGAUGGUGGGUAGGGUCGAGGGGAUGGAACGUGAUUGGGAUGCACGGCGGGCGAGGGGUGGGGGUGCGAACGGAGCAUGA